AUGACAAGCAAGCAUGAUGAUAGCAAUGUGGGGCCAAAAGAGACCAUGGUUAUUGACUUCCUUUGGGAAUCCGUCAGAUUAGUAUCGUACACUAUUCUCAUAGCCAUGGGAGCAAAGAAGGCUUUGGGGAGGCAAUGGUGGCCUAUUUUGCAGCAGGCAGGGCAAGUCGUGAAAUGGCCGUCUCCAAACGAUGGUUGCGAUGAAGUAUCGUGCCGAAGCCCAAAUAGAGUGGACAAACAGGAGUUAUGGAAGGAACCAAGUGUUGAUACCGCAAUACUAAAUGGACAUCGGACGUUUUCGCCGAAUAGCCCAGAGAACGAACUACUUGUUAAAAAGUAUAGAAAUGCAUUGCAAUGCCUACAAGUGGCAAUCUACAGCACUGGGCAACAAGUGAGCAGUGAGGAUUUAACGACAGACACAGAAGCUAGUGAGCAGCGAGAAGCAAGGAAGCAGAGACGAGCAUCAAAUUUAAGGGAGAGGAUAAGAAGAAAGGACAUAACCAUGGCAACAUCAGAAAGAAUUAACAAGGAUAUCGAUGGCAUUUUUAAGAUGCUAAAACUAUCGGAAAAGGCAGUGCCGAAAAUACUUGCCAGGAGAAAAAUAAAGGAACUGGAAAGAACUCUCAAAUCAAUCGAAGAACAACGAGACGAAGCGCAUCGGCUUAAAACGAAUGCGCAGAUGCUAAUGUUCAAGGAAGAGAUGAAAAUAAAGCAAGAUGAGGAACAACAAGCAGCUGCUGAACGAGAGAAAGAAGAACAAGAAAAAAGAAACGCUAAGUAUGAAGAAGAAUUGAAGUUAGAACGGAUGAAAUUAGAGAUGAGAAAGAUGAGAAUGAAUUUCGACGGAAAAACAAUUGGAACGAACAAAGGUCAAGAAGUGAAGGUGAAACUGCCAAAGUUGGCGAAGGUAUUUAUCGAAGGACUACCUUUUACUAGCGAAGGAUAUGAGAGAACAAAAUCAAUCCUUAAAACGAAAUAUGGGAAACCAAGUGAAGUGGCAAACGCUCAAAUUCAAGCGAUUAUGAGCCUCCCGAUAAUCCAUCAAUGUAAUGUGCAGAAGGUCCAUGAAUUUUAUGAAAAACUGACAACGAAUGUACAGUCGUUAGAAACUAUGGGAAAAUUGAAGGAAAUCAAUGGAUACGUUAGACUCACGCUGGACAAGUUACCCUCAAUACGUGCCGAUCUAGUGAAACUGGAUGAUGACUGGCAAGAAAAGCAAGAACCAAAGAGAGAAAGUUUAUUGCACACCAAGCAAGGAGAGUAUAAGCCAAGAAAAUGCAUCUAUUGUGACGAAGAGAAUCACAAGGCAGCCGGCUGCAAAAAGAUAAACAAGUUCGAGGAAAGAAGAAGGAUCGUUAGCGACAGAAAACUCUGCUUCAAUUGCACAGGAAGUGGUCAUAGAGCAGUAAAUUGUCCUAGCAGAAUUAGGUGCCAGCAUUGUAAGAAUAAGCACCACACAUCUCUUUGCAGCAAGGUUACUCGGACACCAUCGUUAGCUACUACACAAGAUCCUGUCAUCUAUCCGACUGUUAUGGUUCAAGUAAAUGGAGUGAAGUGUCUUGCACUUUUAGAUAUUGGAGCAGGAAGUUCGUACGCGUCUAACAUCCUGAUUAAUCGACUGAGCAUGAAACCCAAGAAAACAGAAGUGAAAAGAAUAGAAAUGAUGCUUCAUACUUCAAAGAAGAAAAUUGAAAUCUUUAACGUCACCAUUUCAAGCCUGGAUGAGACAUUCACUAUCAACAUUGAGGUUAGUAAGAUCGAAAAGUCAGCUUUGUUAUCAAUACCCAAUCCGAGAUUCUCUGAUCUAAAGAAGAAUUACAGACACUUAAAGAAUGUUUACAUAGCAGGUUAUCAUGCGAAAGAAGAAGUUCCGGUUCACUUGAUACUCGGUGCAUCGGACUUUGCUCGCAUAAAAACAAGAACGGCUCCCCGAAUUGGAAGCUCAGGCGAACCUGUAGCAGAACUGACGAAACUGGGAUGGACGAUAAUAUCUGUUGACCUCAGGAACUUGUAUCUAACGCGAAGUUCCAGUGAAGACUAUGAACGCCUUUGUGCAUUAGAUGUGCUGGGACUAAAGGAAGCAAGCUGCGGAAAUCAUAACGAAGUUUACCAGAAGUUCAAGAAUCAACUUACUAAGGACCCAGAAGGGUGGCACGAAACUGGUCUUUUAUGGAAGACGGACGGGCUACCAGAGACCAACAAACAAGGAAGUUUGGGAAGACUCUACAAUCUUUUAAGCAAACGUAAGAAAAAGCCCGGGUUGUUGAAGGAGUACAACGAAAUAAUGGUUAAGCAACUCAGCGAAGGUAUCAUAGAAAAGGUCAUUUGCGAAGCAGUAAGUGGAAAGGAAUUUUAUCUUCCUCAUCGACCGGUGGUUCGAGAACAGGCCGAGACUACCAAGGUGAGAAUUGUAUAUGACGCCUCUGGUAGACCCGAUGAUGGCAGCCCAUCCCUUAAUGAUAGCCUUGAGACUGGUCUGCCAUUGCAGAAUCUGCUGUGGAACAUCAUCGUGAGGAACAAAUUCAAAUCAGUCAGUCUAUGUAGAGAAACAAGCCUUCUUGCAAAUAAAAAUCAAAAAGGAAGAUAG